AUGGCGUUCGACGACGACGACGAUGAUAUCUCAACGCAGCGCCCGGCUCAGUCGCCUGAGGAUGCGCAAGCUACCGCCGAAGAAGCCCUCGAGGACGAGGCCCAGGACUUCCGCCAAUUCGCAGCGCUGCAGCGCAAGAAGAACAUCUCCGUGUCCACCAUUCGCAAGGGCGAGAAGGACUUCGAGUCGCACGGCACAAAGUCGCAGGCCAGCGCCCUGGAGAAGAGCCGGCAAGCCAUGGAGGAGGUGUUGAGUUACACACGCGUGCACAAUAGCAAGGACUGGGCGCGCGCCUGGUACUUCCCCAACCGCUGGGUCGAGGACGAGGUGUUUGAGGGCAAUGAGGUUAAAACCCAGAAGGUCGCCGCCGAGAGGAGGGAACUACAUGCGCAAGAGAGGGUCGUCUGUGUCGGCUUUGAGCACAAGACCCUGGGCAGGAAAAUAAGAGGGCAGGGUAAUAACAAGCCCGGCUGGGACCAGGUUUGGCUGCUGCCCGAGGAGGCGCUCUUCUUGAUUGAGAGGGGCGGCCUGGAUCUGUGGUGGCCUACAGCUACAAUGGACGAGAUUUUCCCACUCGGCAGUGAGGGAAAGGGCGCCAGCGCAACACUAGAGAUUGAGGAGGAAGACGAGUACGCUCUUGGCUUCCCGCUCAGUCUACAAGCUGCAUACGCCCUACUUGUCGGCAACGAAGGUGAAAGGGGCAAGACAUCACUGCGCAACCUGCAAGUCUACUCGAAUCUCAAUCGCGCAGGCUUCAACGUCAUCAGAGUGCCUCCGCCGACCUCAGAUCAAAAUACGGCCAAAGCCAUUGCCGAGGAUCAAUCGCCUCUGUGGCAGCGUCUCACUGCCCUGCUCUUCCCCGACCGAGAACCCAACCAUCCCGCCUACGGCCCUCUCGUCCGGCCAGGUCUGUACAGAUCGUACGGCUCAAUAUACAAACAGAUCGCCCUCGUGCCGCGGUACAAACCAACCGCACACCCGCCUUGUUCCCUGUCAGAAACGCAGCACAGCCCGUUCCGCGUGCAGUUUCAUGUCUGGAAGCCCAGCGUCCAGAACUGGUCCAAGACCAAGCCGCCCCCUCCAGACUACUACCUCGCCGUCGUCGACGCGCACGAGACGUCCGUGCCGACCUCCGAGGAGAUCUCCGCCCUUCUGGACUCUGUGCCGCAUGCGCCUCCGCCGGCACCUCAACGGCAGGGCCAGGCCGCAUUCAUGAUGCACAGGAGGCUGAAGCAUGGGCAUCGCAACGUGCUGGUCGCGGUGAAUGACCAUGGGGUAAUCAACUACAUGCGCUUGGGCGAGGGCGCGUUCGGCGAGGAGCUGCUGUACAAGCAAUACGACGUGCGCACGGCGCCGAGGGGCGGGAAGAGGGGUGGUGGUCGUGGAAAGGGUGGCAGAGGCGGCAGAGGCGGCGGUAGAGGGGGCCGGGGUGGAAGAGGUGGUUGA